AUGCAUUCACGAGAAAUAGACAAUCAUAGCGAGUAUCACAGCAUCUUUGAAAUAGAAAUAAUGGAAGACACAGAUGACGAAGCAUCCAAACAAAUAUUUGAAGAACAUUAUUUUGAAUAUCUUGCUAGAGUUCAAUCAUUGUUAGACAAUCAUCUAAGAAAUUCAGUUCCGAACAAUGUAAUCGAUUCAAUUGCGCGUACCACAUCAAAUAUGUCAAUGAAUUCUGCACAGCCAGUGCAGAAAUUCAAUUAUUUAAAGUCUUGUUUAUUAGAUAGUGCAGCACAAAUAAUACAUUCACUCGCUUCCACAGAUGAGAACUACGAAAUAGCAUGGAGGUUGUUAUCAGAGCGAUUCAACAACAAAAGAAUCAUCAUUCAGAAUCAUGUUAGAGCGUUGUUUGAGUUAUCCGCAGUCACAAAGGAAACCACGUCAAGUUUAAACUCAUUGAUUGAUACAGCACAAAAACACAUUCAGUCUUUAAAGGCGUUAGGGCAGCCGACAGAUCAAUGGAAUGGAUUGCUUCUGCACUUGAUCACUUCUAAAUUAGAUAAAGUCACAUAUCGAGAGUGGGAAAAAUCUUUGGAUGGCACAGAAUUGCCAAAUAUCAAUGACUUAUGGAAAUUUUUACGUAACAAGUGUCAUGUGUUGCAGGCAGUCGCAAGCGAAACGUCUAAUAGUAGCAAGGGAACCAAUAAAACUCGUCAAGUUUUGUUGGAAGCACAAUCGCAAUCAAAGUGUUGUAUCUGUAGCAAAAAUCAUAACAUUGUAUUUUGUGAUAGCUUCAAACAAUUAGAUCACAGCAAAAGAGUAGAUGUAGUCAAGAAGGCUGAUCUUUGUUUCAACUGUCUUAGGUCAAAUCAUCAAAUCAGUUCUUGCAACGCUGGCAAUUGUAAGAAAUGCAAUAAAAGACACAACACUUUAUUGCAUCCAUCAAAGACACAGACUAAUGACACAGACAUAAAAGAUAAUGUAAAUCAGAACUCAUCAGAGCAAACAGUACAACAAUCACAUACAACUUCGCAAAUUUUAAGUUCUAGAUUCAAAGGUUCCUCGCAAGUCAUUCUAUCGACAGCAAUGAUAGAUAUCAAAGAUUCUGAAGGAAAUUUUCAUACUUGCAAAGCUAUGUUGGACACUGGUUCACAGUCGAAUUUCAUUUCGAGCAUAGGCAAUUCACUUUCACACAUUAAACAUUUAACUAACACUAUCAUAAGAUCAAGAAGCAAUGCAUUCUCCCUUGAUUUACGGCUAUUAGUCAUUUCAAACAUAACCACAUGGUUGCCGUCACAAACGAUUGAUCAUUCUAAGCUCGGAAUACCAGACAAUGUACAAUUUGCCGAUCCUGAAUUCUAUAAGCCUGCUCCGGAAACUGAAGAGCUGCCAGCGAAGAAGUUAUUAUCACCUGAAGAAGAGCAAUGUGAAGCACAUUUCAUGAACACUUUCAAGAGAGAGGAAAACGGUCGCAUUUCCGUGGGACUUCCGUUCAAUUCAGAGAACAAUUCACUGGGUGAUUCUUUCAACAACGCAACAAGGAGAUUCUACAGUUUAGAGAAAAGACUAAUCGCGGAUCCUCAUUUGUAUGAAGCUUAUCGUGAGUUUCUUCAAGAUUACGAGUCGCUGAAUCACAUGACUGAGGUGAGUCAAGCAGAUAACAAUGGCUGCUACUAUAUUCCACAUCACGUAGUUCUAAAGAGUAGCAGUCUCACUACAAAACUACGGGUGGUUUUCGAUGCUUCAGCGAAGACUACUACAGGCCUGUCAUUGAACGAUACAUUGUUAACAGGACCUGUCGUCCAGAAUGAACUUUUUGACAUCAUUAUGCGAUUCAGAACUCACAAGGUGGUUUUUACAGCAGAUGUGCAACAGAUGUACAGACAAUUUUUGAUCAACAAAGAGGAUCGUCCCUUUCAAAGAAUACUGUGGCGAAACAAUCAGGAUGAACAUUACGUACUUUUGAGCUCAACACCGUUACUUAUGGCACUUCGUCAGCGCCAUUUCUAG